AUGGGAAAUUGCGUGUUCAAAGGGUUGCAUGAGGGCGUGAUGGAAGACACAAUGGUGAAAGUGGUUACCUCAAACGGAGGCAUCAUGGAACUCUACUCUCCCAUAACCGUGGAAUGCAUAACCAACGAGUUCCCUGGCCAUGGCAUCUUCCGAAGCCGCCGCAACUUGUUCUCCGAACCUCUCCCCAAAAACGAAGAGCUCCAUGGCGGUGAAGUCUACUACCUCCUCCCUCUCAACCCUUCUUCUUCUUCUUCUUCUUCUUCUAACAAAACCAUGACAACACAAUUACAUGACACCACUGCUACAUUAACCCCAUACCGAAUGUCUACGUGCGACAAAAACAAUAACAACAACAACAACAACUUGUACUCAGAACCUGAAGUGUUUCCGAGGUACAAUAAUAGCGGAGUGUGGAAGGUGAAGUUGGUGAUAAGCCCGGAGAAGCUGUCGGAGAUUUUGUCGCAAGAUUCGCGGACGGAGGCGUUGAUAGAGAGCGUGAGAACGGUGGCUAAGUGUGGCAAUGGGGUGCCGUCGUCGGUGGCAAAUUCCGAUCAGUGGAGUGUGUCCAGCAGUUGGAAGGGUUCUAUGUCAGACAAGAUGGGGAUAUUAGAAUAA